CGAGAUGUUGCUCUCUACCCUCCUCAGCUUCGGCCUCUUCCUAGGCAAAGCGUGGGCAAUUCCCCCGCACCCACACCCACCCGGGCCCGACCAUCUGGGCGCCGUUGCUUCUGAGAGUUCAGUCUGCUCCAACAUCGGGAUUGACAUCCUGAAGGAAGGUGGAAAUGCCGCCGACGCGCUAGUAGCGACACAGUUCUGUGUCGGGGUCAUUGGCAUGUACCACUCUGGAAUCGGCGGUGGAGGAUUCAUGCUGGUCCGCGCAAGCAAUGGGAGCUACGAGUUCAUCGACUUCCGGGAGACGGCCCCUGCUGCGGCCUUCGAGACCAUGUACUCGCCGCCGCUGUCGAACUCGAACCUCUCCCUCUACGGCGGGCUGGCGAGCGGAGUGCCUGGUGAACUGCGCGGACUCGAACAUCUGCACAAGAACUACGGAACGCUGCCUUGGAAGCAUCUGGUCCAGCCAGCAAUCAAGUUGGCCCGGUACGGAUUCACGGUGACGGAGGAUCUCGUCCGGUACAUGGAAUCUGCGACGGCCGGGUCCUACGAUUUCCUCACGUACGACGAGACCUGGGCGCUGGACUUUGCUCCUAAUGGCACGAGGGUUGGACUCGGCGACACCAUGACCCGGAAGCGCUACGCCAAUACCCUCGAAAGCAUUGCUGAGUACGGGCCGGAUGCUUUCUACCACGGUGCAAUUGCGAAUGCCACCAUCACGGCAUUGCAGAAAUCCAAUGGGACCAUGACGCUCGCGGAUCUUGCAAACUACACCGUCGAGAUCCGACAGCCAUCCAACAUCACGUACCGCGGCUUUAAGAUCCACAGCGGGAGCGCCCCAUCGAGCGGAGCGGUGGUGCUGAGCACGCUGAAGAUCGUGGAAGGCUACGAUAUGUCGACCCCAUCGGCACUCAACCUCUCCACGCACUACCUGGACGAAGGCAUGCGUUUCGCAUACGGCCAACGCACCCUCCUGGGAGACCCGACAUUCCUCCCCAAUCUCACCGCCUACCAGGAGAACAUGGUGUCCGAACAAACCGCCGCCGAGAUCCGCAGCAAGAUCGAGGAGUACCACACCCUGAACACGUCCGCGUACGACCCGUCCGGAUUCGGCAUCUUGACUGACGACGGGACAUCGGCCCUCGUCGCCGCCGACUGGACGGGCCUCAGCAUCGCCGUGACCAGCACCAUCAACACGCUUUUCGGCAGCCAAGUAAUGGUGCCCGAAACGGGCGUAAUCAUGAACAACGAAAUGAACGACUUCAGCAUCCCCAACACCACCAACGCAUUCGGAUACGCGCCCGCACCCGCGAAUUUCAUAAAACCGCACGCUCGCCCCCUAUCCUCCAUCUCACCCACCAUCGUCGAGCUUCCAGACUCCUCCCUAUAUCUCGCGCACGCCUCCGCCGGCGGGUCCCGCAUCAUCACCGAAGUCAUCCAGCACCUCUGGCACGUGCUCGAUCAGAACCUAACGUCAUCCCAAUCGCUCGCGCAGCCGCGCAUGCACGAUCAGCUGUCCCCGAACCUGGUCUCGUUCGAGUGGGGCAGUGAGAUCGAGGGCGUGCAGGGGUAUAGUAAUGAGACGGUGGCUUUCUUGAGGGAUGUUGUGGGUGCGAAUGUGGGGUGGGUGGCACCGGGCAGUACGACGGCGCAGGCGUUGAGAAGGUUGAGAAAUGGUACGUUUGAGGCGGCGGGUGAACCGAGACAGUUGAAUAGUGGGGGCUUUGCGGUUUGAUUGAUUGUCUUGAGGUUUGGGGGGAGGGGGGAGAUAUAUAUUCAAAAAUGUAUGUAUAUAGGUACAUGUAUAUGCCGGAUAUGUGCAGCCGGAAUAAUACUAGCUAGGUACCUACCUUAGGUAGGUGGGUAUCGAACUGUACGGCAUUUCGAAGCAAGGAGUUGGAAAAAAGAAAAGGAUAUGAUAUGAUAUCAUGGAAUGAGAAUAAAAGGAACGUUCUCAUGUUUACUCCAGCCCAAGAAAGAAGCUGUUAGUAGAUGC